UCAUACUUGCCAAAGUAAAAUAGACCCCCUUUUACAAUCGACUUCUCCACCCUCUCUCUAGGACUGUCAAUGGCCCAGGCUUGGGCCGGGCAAAAUCAAAAAUUUGAAACUGUUCAAAAUCUGGGCUGAAGCCAACCCCAGGCCCAGCCCAUUGACAGCCUUACUUCUCUCCCACAUCUUGCAAACAGUUCCUCCAUGUGCAGUGUACAUCCCAUUCUAUUUAUGAAUCUGCAAUAAGAUUUGGUGAGUUCUGCAGAUGUUCUAGAUACCACUUCAGCUAAUGGAAAUUGGUGGACUGUGAGAGAGGAAUUACAUGAUACGCAACACACACUUUACACGGUAUAUGUUAGUUUUCAAUUCUGACGAGUAGCACCCAUGGUCAAGUAAUCCUAAUCACUGCUCUGUUGUGUCCAUCAAGGAUCGACCAUGGCAAGAAAAUCUCAGAGAUUAGAAGAUUUCAGCGACCAAUCUUGGGAGUGUUUUCAGUUGUUGAAAUGUGGACCUUUGUUUAUUUCUCUUCUUAAUCGUCUAUUUGCAGGUCACAAAUUGAAAGGUUACAAUUAUCUUGUUGAUGAUAUUUCUGGGGGAUAGUUCAUCGAGCCAUGGGGCCUCACUUGUCAGAAUUGAAAACUAGCAUAUACUGUACAAAGAUGUGGGCCAUGUAUCGUAUAAUUCCUUGUUUGUAAGAUUAUUGGUUUGAAGUUUAUGAAUUGAAUUUGGUGUCUGGUUUUUAGCGUUUUGAUCACUCCAUAUGCACAUCAAAGGGAUUUAUAAGUUUUUCAUUAUUUCAAUGGGUUUUGGUUAUCACUGAUAUUGUUCUAAUGAUCCAAUACAGUAGCUGUGGAUUCACCUAUUUGUCCUUUUCUAAAAUUUUCUUUAGUUUCUGACUGAUCUUCAUCAAAGCUAUCAAAUGAGAUUCAAAGCUUCUUCUUUUUUCUUUUUCUUUUUUGUUCUUUUUCUUUUCUCAUAGGGGCUUUGAUAUUCCAAGGAGAAGUUUGGCAAAAAGGCGAGAGCUCUUUGGGUGGCCAUUUGGGUUUCAAUCAGAAACUUGCUACAAAAUGUUGCUGUUUUGGUUAGGAUUGGAGGAAUAUUUCUGAGAAGAGAGCAGAUGUUAUUUUCAUUUCCAAGAAUCAUUGGUCUACUGGGAUAAAUCGAUGGGGUAUACCAUCUUCUUACAGCAACCAACCAGCAAUGCUCAUUGUCUUCACGGAUUCCAUUCAUGUUCCGACCAUUUAUAUCUUAACUACAGUUCUUCCUGCCAUUUGUCGUUCAGAUUAUCAUCAUUUCCUUCCAAAUCUUGUUUACGAUGCGAUUAUGUUAUUGGCUUCCAAAAAAAUGGGUUUUUGCUUCAAUGCAGACAGCAGCAUACAAGUGCCUACAUUGAUACAGAUGAUGUGGCAAAUGAAAACGACUGUAACUUGGAAAGAGCUGCAAUUCGCCCAUAUCAGAAAUUGAAAGAAACUCAAAUUGAUUCGCAGAGGCAUUCAAAUUCAUCACUAUUGUGUAUGGAUGGACCGUUUGUUAAAAAUAAUGAAGAAUCCAACAACAAGAUUUUAUGCAAUUUCUGCAAGAAUGGGAAGCUAAUUGAAGCUUCUAACUUACUCGAUGUGAUGGCACGGAGCAGUCAGAUUCCCGACUUCUCUUCAUGUAUAAGCAUAACACGAGGGCUGAUCAAAAUAGAUCAGAUCGAGAAGGCCAGCAAGGUUUUGUGGAUCAUGGUUAUGUCGGGUGGGGUCCCCGACAUCAUCACAUACAACAUGUUGAUCGGAGGUCUUUGUAAGAAAGGGCAGUUGAAAUCCGCGAUUGAGCUUCUCGACAACAUGGGUUUGAGUGGUUGCCCUCCUGACAUGAUCACAUACAAUACCAUAAUUCGAUGCAUGUCUGACCACCGUCAGAUUGAUCACGCAGUUGAGUUUUGGAAGGAUCAGUUGAGAAACGGCUGCCCUCCGUACGUGAUCACUUACACCAUGCUUAUUGAACUAUUCUGCAAGAACCACGGCGCCACGCGGGCCAUGGAGGUAUUGGAUGAUUUGGUGAUUGAGGGUUGUUAUCCUGAUAUCGUAACGUAUAAUUCUCUGAUAAAUACAACUUGUAAACUAAGAAACUACAAAGAUGCAGCUUUGGUGAUUUCUGAUCUAUUAUCUCGUGGGUUGGAGCCCGAUGCCAUCACCUACAACACCCUUCUAUUCUAUCUAUGCGGCAGCGGGAACUGGGUCGAGGUGGAUGAGAUCCUCUCAAUCAUGAACCGGACAUCUUACCCUCCUACCAUUAUCAGUUACAAUAUCUUGAUCAAGAGUCUUUGCAAAUAUGGACAUCUGGACCAGGCAGUCGAUUUCUUAGAUCAGAUGAUUUCUUUGGGUUGUUCUCCUGACAUAGUCACUUACAACACUCUUUUUGGCGCGCUCUGUAGAGAAGGCAUGACGGACGAGGCUCUUGAUAUACUUCACGCUUUAGUAGACAUCGGCUGUUCUCCUGUUCUUAUCACCUAUAAUAUCAUCACCCAUGGAUUGGUAAAGAAGGGAGAUAUGGAGAAAGCAAAGGGGCUCUUCGGUGAGAUGAUUGGCUGUGGGAUUGGUCCCGAUGAGAUCACUUAUAGCACGUUGAUCACGGGUUUUUGUAGGAAAGAUCGUGUGGAGGAGGCCAUUGAGAUGCUGAGGGAGAUGGGUAGGAGCAGCCAUAAGACUAGAGUCGGUACUUACACUAUUGUGAUCCAGGCAAUGUGCCGAACAAAGAAGGUGGAUGCUGCAAUCGAAAUCCUCGAUAUGAUGAUUUUGAGCCGAUGCAAGCCUGAUAAAAGCAUUUACACUGCUCUUAUAAGAGGGGUAGCUGCUGCUGGCAUGAUCGAUGAGGCUGCUGAAAUUCGUAAGAUUUUGUCCAAACAGAAGGUUCUUAGAGAGGAAUGAACAACAGAUUAGAUCAGAUACACGAGGUGCAAAAUUCCAACCAUUUUUUAAAAUAUAUAUAAUAUACCAUUUGCUUAGGGAUCCGCCGAGCAUUGGCCUAGCAAGUUUUGAUGUUGGGAGUACUGUUUUCUCUUUCAAGAGGCAAGAUCAGGAAAAGCUCCAACAGGUCAGAGCUGUUGGCCAUUAAAAUAGAGCUCGAGAUUUUCACUCCCAGAGUUGGAGGCAAUGGAAGUUUUUUUCGCAGCUUUAUCUCAUUUAAUCCAAAUCUCCAGGAAGCUGCUUGUAUUGUCAAUUCCCUAGCUAAAGAAGGUACCGUUUUACCUUCUAUCGUCGUUGGAGAGUCUCAUCCAUUAUCUUGAUGAAUUCUUGUAUUUGCUCACCUGCUUGGCAUCUUCAAUAAAAUUGUUGUUUUACUUCAA